CUUCAAGAAAGAAAGAGUUCGAAGAUAACUUAAAGAACAAUGAAGAAUCUUGCACUGUUGUGUUUCAUUUUGGUAGCUUCAGCCUGUGUGCUUGGUACGUAUGAUAUGAAUUAAUUUACCUCCCUAAUUGAUUGUAGCGUUUCAAUCAACUUGGAAAUAUUUUUGAAUGAAGCUAUUCUGAGUGUUUCGACAUCGCAUCAUGCAUGCAGCUGAAAAGUUGGCUGACCGGGGUGGGUUUCCAGCCAGCGACUUUUCUAUUACAGUAUACUCUAUACAGACUGAGAAAGGAGGUCAAGUCGUCAUGUGGAAUAAGCGAUAUUCUGCAAAUGUUUGAUCAAGUUCCCUAAUCUGUUCCUUUUAAAUGAACAUUUGCAUGUAAACCAAAUAUUAAUUUUGGACUCCCAUGCAAUUACUGACACUUAUCUAGCUGGAAUCACUUCAACUUAAUAUAAUUUCUUUCAUUCUUUAUUUUGCAACAAAAGUUGCUCGCGCUGAUGAAGAGACACCAGCUGUCGACGCUCCCAAGAUGGAGGAUCAGCCAGAGACUGCUGACGUGAUGGCUGACGAAGAACAAACGGAGGCUGACAAGGCUGAAACGGAAAACGACGAAGUCGAUACUGAAAACGACGAAGAAGAUACGGAUGCUGAUGAUGCGCAAGAAGAUGAAGAGGUCGAAGAAGAUGAAGGUAGGCGACCAUUUCUGAUUUUGUGCACGUGGUGGCUUGAUAAGUAGUUUUUCAGAAUUCAAUUUGAGGCGAAAGAGAUGUCAAUAAGAACAAAUUUCUUUCUUAACUUUGCAUAAUCCUUCCCAUCAAUAACUAAGAAUGGCAUUAGCAACACAACACACAUCAGUGUCUUCACGACUUCAAUAUCUCUCAGAUCUGUAGUGCUUUUGAAAAUCUAUCAAAUCAGCAUAAAAAAUAUGACUGAGCUAUCCCGAAUAAUUAAUAUUUAACAUUAACAUUUAUUCGCCGAAGACGAGAUGAUUAUCAUGAAAUAUUCAGCGAGACCAACACGAGGUGAAUAUACCCCGAUAAUCACCGAGACUGAUGCGAAUAAUUGUUUUAGUAUUUUUGCACAAGUCUAUUGUGAUUUUUUGGACAGAAUUUAUUUUAAUUAUGCUUAUUUCUUUAUCAGUAGCCUCCAUUUUGUAAAUUUCAGUUUUGUUAUAUUCACCUGCACGUGAAUAUUACAGCUUAAUACGUCGAAUUUGACCAAUCAACUUGCACGAUUUGUAAUCAUAUUCACUUGUACAAAAAUAGUAAAUAUAUAUUUGAAAUAUCAGUAUUUCUUGGCAUCUCAUUCGAUUUAACUCAUUGUUGAAUAAUUAAUCAUUUCCCAAUCAAGCAUGCAGAGGAUUGGAUCUACUUGAUGUUUGAAGGAAGUUUGGAAAAAACAUGUUUUAGUGAGCGAGCUAAAUAUAUACCAAAAAUUGCCUCAUUAUAAGGCUGCACAAAUAACUUUAGGAAUGUAGAAAUACGUCCUAGAUGCCAUAUUCAGCAUCAGGGACGCCGGAAAGUCGAUAAUUGGCGGGCAGAUAUUCACAUAUUCGUGUUUACAGACUGUAAAAGCAAUCGCUUUCAAAGGAAAUAAAUGAUGCAGAACAUGAAUAUAUGAAUAUCUGCCUCCCCCCCCCCCAUUCUCGACUUUCCGGCGUCCCUGUUCAGCAUAUUGUUUAUUUUUUCGUCCCUCCAAACAAGCAACUAGACUCAGUCCUCUGCUCGAUUGUGAAAGGAAAAAUUGAAAUCUUUUAACACUAGUUCAAUUGAGCGACAUGCAUAAACAUGCUCAAACUUUAUAAGCAUCUAUCUUACCAUAGCCUCACGUUAGCUUAAUAUACUAUAUAAGGACUUGCGGUUAGAGUGGACUACUAGACUGCGCAUGUAGCUCAGUUUAUUAGCUAGAGCGCUGCAGCGAAACAGUGUGUUACAGGUUAUUUUUAGUUAAAGGACCUGCAUGCAAUCUUGGUUCAGUCUAAAGAAGUGUAUAAAAGUUACACUCGAAAUUUCCAUUUGCAAAUUUUCCAACAUUCCAUAUAUUUUGUUUAACAUAUUUAACAUCAUUUUCCUUUCUUUUGAUAAGACAUUCCACAAAUAAGAUUGCUAGAACAGCAAAAUAUAGACAAUAUAUUUAUCUGGUUCUAUAUAUAAGUUCCACAUCAUUUAUUUACUGACGAAUUUAAAUAACAAACAUCCUCCUUUCUUUAGAAGAAACCACCGACAUCGCAGAUGACGAGCCCGAGAAACGAGGUCAGUGUCGUUCCACAGUUAUCAUACAAUAAUUCUAAAUGCAUUUUCUGAAUUUAGUUCCAUUUUUUUGAAAUGUUUAUAAAAAGAAUUUGUAACCCGUACGGUGUAGAGAAAAUUUCCGAUUUUUCAGUGCGCUAUUAUAGAUAUUGAAUUUGUUAACAAAACUUGCAGCUUUGCUCCAAAAAUAUGCGUUUGACAGAUCUUUGAUACGUCUUUUGUUCUCAUUCAUAAGUCCUACUAACAUGCAGGAUGUUUCAACUAAAUUUUAUUCCAGAACAAACUUUUCUAAUUAUAUCUGAAACAAAUAAAUUAGACAUAAAUUUGUCAGUUUACUUUAAACUUCUCCUUGUCUGUAUAUAUAUACUAGUUUUGUAUUGAAUAAGUCGUGAUUAAAAUAAGCAUUACGUAAUAAGCAUUACAUACAAAUUACCUACAAUGUGAUUUUGUAUAUUCAGGAUGGGUAUGCAGACGAUACAGGAAAGGUAAACUUCGGUGCAAGGCUUGUGGAUGCAGACGUAUAUGCAAACCAAAAUUUUGCAUUCGACGUGUCUGCAAACGAGUCAGAUGUACCAGGAAAGUAUGCCGUAUUGUGAUCAGAUUCAAAAUCGUCAGAUACAAAUACCGCAACCCUUAUUACAAAGGAUAUGGAAGUCUCUACUUGUGGAAGACCAAAAAGGUUCCAUACAAAGUUCGUAUUUGCAAAAAUGUGCCAAGUUUCUGCACCAAAUGUUACAACCAACGUUACAAUUGCGGUCGUGUUUGCAGGAAUGUGUGCAAAUACAGAAAGGUAAGCGAUAAAUAAAUAAAUAUUGAGACAUUUUUUAUGCUUGUGAUGUUACUCUGAGUGUAUAUCCACACCAGGAAAGCUUGAAAAAUAUGCCUAACCACGGUGGGAAUCUAACCUACGACCUUUGGAAUACUUGCCCAAUGCUCUGCCAACUGAGCUACGCGAUCUGGUCGGUUCGAGUAUGUGAUAUUUAUUCCACAUGACACCAUAACUCUACUAGGUUGGCUAUUUCUAUUUGGACUCGGUAGUUCAUUGGUUAGAGAGUUUUUUGCAUAGUCGCAAGUUUGAUCCCUUGACAAUUUCAUUUCGACAACCACUAUUCUCACAUCUUCAAUACGAAUCUCAUUAGCUAAUGGCAAACUCAAAUGCGUCUGAUUGGUCAACAAUAUUGCGGUAGUGGAAAUCAAAUCUGAAUCACCAUAUUAUCUUAAAAAAUUCUAGAAUGAUGUUUGUGAUGUUAUCUGAGUGUAAAUCCACCCCUGACAAGCUUGUAAAUAUGCCUGGCCACGGUGGGAGUCGAACCUAUCCUUCGUCAUAGGUUCGAUUCCCACCGUGGACAGGCAUAUUUUUUAUGUUUGUCCGGUGUGGAUAUACACUCAAAGUAACAUCACAAACAUCAUAUUCACCUGAGUACAUAACACCAACACAGAAAAAUCAGUUCUAGAAUCAAUUAACUAAUUACCAUGUUAGAUGGGCAAAAUGAUUUUCAGGGUACCAAAGAGAUGGCUUAUAAAUGUCUUUCCAUCUGAACUAAAACUUUUCGAAUAGAUUUGCAAAUGAUUUGAUGGUUCUUUUCAUAAGAAAUAUUGUGGCGACAAAAAUGGCGUAGGGGAUUCUUCGAAAUGUUUUAACUGCCCAAAAUUAUAAAACUACAAAAUUUCUACAAGCGUUCGUUUGAAAUAUACAUUAUUUUAAAGCUGGUUCAAGAGAAAUAUAGUUAAUGCACAAAACUUUGCCUCUAUCUCUAUUUAAUCAAGUCGGUAAAGGCAUUUGACAUUAAACCAACUACACGUACUAGACACCGUCGUUUAAACAUUUAUACCAUUGCCUUCAAAUAUAUCUGAGUGAAUGGCUUCAAUUAAAUUAUUUGUUGUAUUAUUUUAUUUUAUUUUAUUUUCUAGUGCUCACUCUACGGAUAAACUCAAGCUGAUUUCCUGAAAGAAUAUCUGGUUAAGAACGGAUAGCAACCAUUGGAAAACGUCAAAUUCACUAGAAACAUAAUAUGUAGUUGUUG